AUGGUCUUGCUUUCCGAAGGACUUCCUUUCCUAGUUGUCACUGUCGGAUUUGAAAAGCCCAUCAUUCUCACUAAGGCCGUGCUUGAACGCAGCCGCCCACAACCAGCUGCAGCCCCCAACGGUUCCGCUGCCAAGCCUGCUACACCGGUACGCUCUAUCCAAGACGCUAUCCAGCAGGCAGUCGAAGCCACUGGAUUUGGCAUCGUUCGAGACUAUCUGAUUGAAAUUGCCAUUCUUGUUGCUGGUGCUGCCUCGGGCAUCCAGGGUGGUCUGCGACAGUUCUGCUUUCUCGCUGCAUGGAUCUUGUUCUUCGACUGUCUCCUACUCUUCACCUUCUACACCACCAUCCUAUGCAUCAAACUUGAAAUCAACCGCAUUAAGCGGCAUAUUGACAUCCGCAAAACCCUCGAGGAAGAAGGUAUUACCCAUCGAGUCGCCGAGAAGGUUGCCUCCACCAGUGACUGGCCUCGGAUGAACUUUGACGGGAAGGGAGGCAACUCGAAGACCAGCGGAGCCACCAGCAUUUUUGGUCAGAAGGUCCGAGCAAGCAGCAUCCCCAAGUUUAAAUUCCUCAUGGUUGGAGGCUUCGUCUUGAUCAACCUGCUUAACUUGGCCACCAUCCCCUUCCGCAACCGCCAAGAUGGCUUGUUGAUGCCUGUUCUAUCCAAGGUGUCCAACGUUCUCUCUCCCGUCCCAAUCGAUCCCUUCAAGGUUGCCGAGAAUGGCUUGGACGUCAUUUACGUUAGUGCAAAGGGUCAGCAAGUCGAAACUUUGGUCACCGUUCUUCCACCGAUGAAAUAUCAACUCGAAUACCCUUCUGCAUACUAUGGCAAUGCUAACCCCAACGUUGACCGCCUGCUCGACACCGACUACAACCCUGUCCUCGACGUUGUAGGCGGCCGAGUUCUGGAAAGCAUCCUGAGGUCCCUCGAUGACCCAAUCAUCAGCAAAUGGAUAAUCGCAGCUCUUAUCUUAAGUUUGAUUCUUAACGGCUAUCUCUUCAACGCUGCUCGCUGGAGCAUCAAGGAAGAACAGUCCUCAGCUUCCUCGACCCCGUCCGAGUCUCCUACACCGGCUCCUGCACCCGUGAAGGUUGAGCGCAAGCCCAUCAUCAAGGAAGACGGCACCCCAAGAACUCUGGAAGAGUGUGAGCAGAUGCUCAAAGACAAGCUUGUCACCUCGCUUGAUGAUGAAGAACUAAUUGAGCUCUCCCUUCGUGGUAAGAUACCUGGUUAUGCCCUUGAGAAAACUAUGGAGCACGAGAGUAUCACUCGUCUGCAAGCUUUUACCAGGGCGGUCAAGCUUAGACGAGCUGUUGUUGCAAGAAACCCUGUUACUGCCGCCACCAGUGCCUCCGUCGAGAACUCUAAACUACCAUACGAGGGGAUGAACUAUACUCUAGUUCACGGUGCCUGUUGUGAGAAUGUCAUCGGUUUCCUUCCGCUUCCUCUGGGUGUUGCCGGACCUUUGGUCAUUGAUGGACAGAGCUUGUUUAUCCCCAUGGCUACUACUGAAGGUGUUCUCGUCGCUAGUACUAGCAGAGGCUGCAAGGCUAUCAAUGCAGGCGGCGGUGCUACUACUGUCUUGACCGCUGAUGGCAUGACUCGAGGCCCCUGCGUGAGCUUUAGCAGCGUCUCUCGUGCCGGUGAGGCCAAGUUGUGGCUUGACUCUGAAGAGGGCCAGUCUAUAAUGAAAGCUGCGUUUAACUCUACCAGUCGUUUCGCCAGACUUCAGACUAUGAAGACAACACUGGCCGGAACUAACCUCUACAUUCGAUUCAAGACCACCACUGGCGACGCCAUGGGUAUGAACAUGAUCUCUAAGGGUGUCGAGAAGGCGCUGUCUGUAAUGGCCAACGAGGCUGGAUUCGAGGAUAUGCAGACCAUCUCUGUCUCUGGCAACUUCUGCACGGACAAGAAGGCUGCUGCCGUUAACUGGAUUGACGGCCGAGGAAAAUCCGUCGUAGCUGAGGCCAUUAUUCCGGCUAAUGUUGUCAAAUCCGUGCUCAAGAGUGACGUCGACUCUAUGGUUGAGCUUAAUAUCUCCAAGAAUCUGAUUGGAAGUGCCAUGGCUGGUGCCCUUGGAGGGUUCAACGCCCAUGCAUCCAACAUCGUUACUGCUCUCUUCCUAGCCACUGGCCAGGACCCUGCCCAGAACGUCGAGAGCAGCAAUUGCAUCACUAUCAUGAAGAAGUAUGUAUCUCCAUCCCUUUGUAUCCAUAAUGGCACCUUUUCGCCGAUUACUAACAUUCUUUCCAGCGUGGGUGGUAACCUACACAUCAGCGUCUCCAUGCCAUCCAUAGAAGUCGGUACCAUCGGCGGCGGCACCAUCCUCGAGGGACAAGGAGCCAUGCUCGACCUGCUCGGAGUCCGUGGUGCACACCCAACCAACCCAGGAGACAACUCCCGCCGUCUCGCACGCAUCGUGGCCGCCGCCGUCCUUGCCGGUGAGCUCAGUCUCUGCGCCGCCCUGGCAGCCGGCCACCUUGUCCGCGCUCACAUGGCCCACAACCGAAGCGCAGCACCUGCAGCACCAGCGUCAUCAACAUCUCCCACUGCUCCACCAACUCGGUCGGUAACCCCCGUCUCAGCUGCCGUUGGCGCAGCAAAGUCUGCGAACAACCUUGCCAUGACGGCCGUGAGCGAUCGAAAAUGA